AUGAAGCAAUCCGAUGAAGAAGCAAGACAGACUUACAACGACAUGGGCAAGUCUUACCAGGAUGCCUAUGGCGAGAACCCGAACCAAACAAAGUUCGUACGGCAGUCAUUAGACCGACUCUCGAUCUCGCUCCAUACCACAAUAUUGGACAUCGGACAAGGCACAGGAAAGCCGACAUCCGCAAUGAUCGCACAGACCGGUUGCAAGCUUUAUGGUAUCGACGUUUCUGAGGAGAUGACAAAUAUUGCUGGUCAACAGGUGCCUGAAGGGAACUUUGCCACCGUCGGGAUGCUCGGAUACCAGCCUUCUUUCCAAUUCGACGCCGCAUUUGCCAUCUUUUCCACGUUUGACAUGAAGCUGGAGGAAGUCGAGCAGAUUGUUCCUGAAUGGGCGGAGUGGAUCAAACCGGGCGGAUGGCUGUUUGUUGGGACUAUAGCUGGCGAGGACUGGGAAAAGGAGGAUGUCCACUUCGAGCCCUUCAAAGACACGGAGACCGGUACUGGAAUUGCUGAGCCCAAGCACAUGGGCAAGCGGGUAAAGACUCUGAAUCUGACCAAGGCAGGCUGGGCGAAGCUGCUCAAGGGAUCCGGAUUCAACAUUGUUGCUGCAGAAGUCCUGCCAUAUAAGCCAGCUGAUCAGUACGACACGGAUCGGGAGCCCCACUAUUAA